AUGGAAAGCCAUGCACCAUCGCUCUCGAGUUUGAGCAGCCUGAAGCGGCGCCUAAUUAAUGACGAGUUGCUACGGUUCCGCUACGCACAAACGAUGAAGAUGACUAUAGAGAAGGGAUAUGCCGUGCCAGUCCCAGGGGAACAGUUAAAAUGCGACUUUUAUCCACGUUGGUACCUGCCUCAUUAUGCAGUACUAAGCCCAAAAAAGCCGGUAAAGCUGCGUAUAUUUCUGGAUUGUGCGGCACAACACAAGGUGAAAUCGUUGAAUGACAUCCUCUAUCAAGGUCCAGACACCACAGCGAAUUUAGUGGGUAUGCUUUUGCGAUUCCGUAAAGAACGUGUAGCUGGUACAGCUGACAUAGAAGAGACGUUCAAGCAAGUGAAGGUGCCAAAACAUGAUAGAGGCGCUUUGAGAUUUUUCUGGUGGCCACAGGGUGACCCACUCAAGGAUCCCGAGGAAUAG